CCUCAAUGAAAUCACAAGAAUAUCUUAUCGGAAUUCUUGGGCACAGCUUGAAUCUUGAUAUUGGAUUAUAAACACUCCAAGUUGGUGUUGAACCAACAGCACAUUUGAUGCGCUAUACCUUUUUAGGAUGCCGUCUAGGGCAGCCAGCCCGCAAAAGGUUUGCGGGGCUGUAACAGUUCUGUUAGAUCUUGAGAUGGGGUAGCAACAACAACAUUUCCCACAGUUUCAUAGCCUGCGUUCUUUUCAAAAACAUUUUUUCUCUUCUUCUCAUUUCGAUUUCCAAUUAGACCGAUAAAUUUGCUUUUGCUUUUUAUCCCCAACAAUAAUGGAGGAGUUAUUAGCGAAACACCGCAAGGAGCAAAAAGAUCUCCAAGCACGUAUCACUCAGAAGAAGAAAUCUGCCACGAAGAAAACCCGCCGAGGAAUUAACGAAGAAUGCGAUAGGCUUCAGAGGGAACUUUCCGAACGACACCAGGCCGAGAUUGCAGAGUUAAAUGGCGAGCCUGCCCCGCCCAUUGAUGACCUGGAAGAUCUCAGUUUGAAUGGUUCGGAAGAAGAUAAAACACAGAAAGACCAAACCGAUGGUACACAGAACCCCCCAUCGAUAGACAAUUCCCCAGAUACAUCCUCUGCAACUUCAGAGUCCUCCGCCCCGUCACCGCGACCGAAGAAACCAAACCGCCAGAAGGCUCGUCUGGCACGUCGCGCUGCGGAGCAAGCGGCGCAGUCUGCCAUUGCCGCGGAAGAAGCCGCAAAACAAACAAAUCACCGUGGAGAUGAGCAAGAGGUUAUGGAUGGCGUUUUUAAACGGUUGGGGUUGAAGCAGGUCGAGAUAAAGCCCGAUGGGCACUGUCUCUACUCCGCUAUUGCCUACCAGCUGGAAAUGCUAGGCCUUGGUUUGAAACCUGACCCAAAAAGAAUCAUUCUUGAGACCCCAACUCAGUCUCGCAUCGAUACGGUAGCUUCGCCUCAACACGAUGGCUAUAGAGCAGUUAGGGCAGUGACGGCCGAUUUCAUAAACGAGCACCAGGAUGAUUUUUUGCCCUUCAUGGAGGAGCCUUUGGAACUAUACACUCGCAAGAUCAAGCUUACAGCAGAGUGGGGUGGGCAAUUGGAGCUAUUAGCGAUUGCUAGGGCAUAUGGCGUGGAAAUCAACGUCAUACAAGGUGAUGGAAGGAUUGAAAAGAUCGAAGGCGAUACUCAAGAGUAUGAUGACGAACAGAAGAGCAAACGUAUCAUUUGGCUGGCCUACUAUCGGCAUACGUACGGUCUCGGUGAGCACUAUAACGCGCUUAUGAAAUGAUCUCAGCCACACAUGCAAGUCCACAUACGAUUAUAGCCUUCGUCGUCGCGAAACUCGGGUUCUGUUAUAAACGUCUUUCUCAUCAGAUACUCAUUUUCAAACGAGAAUUCAAUUCUCCUGCAGAUACCCCUUUGUCG